AUGACAUAUCUGUAUAUUCAACACUUUCUUCAGUGCGUUUGCUGGUUUAUCCAACGGCUUUUGUUCAUGACGGCAAGGGUCAACGGUUUGUUUUUUUUUCCUCAAGAAAGAGGAAAAUUUUUUUGAUUUUUUUUAAGUUUUUCGGGUAUACCCGGGUAGGAAUUGCGCUUUAAAAAAACUUAACAAUAAUUAAAUACAGAGAAAAAUUUUUUUGAAUAGUUGUAUAGGAAGUCGAAAGAAAUAGUUUCAUGCAUAAAAUAUUUUUUUAAACAUCUUUUGAAAGACUGAAAAUAAGUGCAAGUUUGUGGAUAGAACUUUGAGGAAAAUAACUUCGAAGUACAGUUUUUUUGCCUCUAAUAUGACGCUAUUUGGCCCGAUACAUUUGAAAAAAAAUGACAAAAAAAUUUUUUUUUGUUAAAUAACGGCAGCGGAUGAACUAUUGUUAUAAAAAGCACAAUGAUUCAAAAAGUGGUGGAACGCAUAGUAUUAAGUUGCCUAAGAAUUGAUUUCUCAUCCUCAUUGUCUAGUUUAAAAGGUUUUUUUUUUCAGAUAUCAAAAUUGAAACCGAUUUUUUCUUUUUGUUCUUCUCAAUCACACGGAGUUGCUGCCUUUUUUCUGGUUAACUUCUUUUUUUUCCAACUUUUUGAACGAUUUUAGUAUUUUCAGGGCUUCUCGUACUGCCAGCUUUGAUAAUAGAGCGAAGUUGUGCUACUUAUUUCCUAUCGGAUUACGAAAAAUCAAGAAGAUCCUACAUUUGGAUCUUUUUAACUUUUUCAAUUGUGACUUUGGGGAUCGUGCUUGGCUACACUUAUCAUUAUGGUAUGUUUAUUUGAAGUGAAAUACAAUUUUUUGAGGAUCGAAAUGAGUAGAAAUAAUGAUUUUGAGUUUUUUGGUAUGAAAUAUUUAAGUAGCUGUGGAAAAUUGAGAAGUUUCUUUAUUUUGAAUUCUAUUCAAUAGUAUUCACAGCUGUUACUUUUCAUUCAAAACACCUAAUCACAAUUUUUUCAAAAUUUCAGCUGCUACUACAUUUUAUCACGUUGGAUUCGUGUCUGUCGUCAAUUCGAUGGCUUUUUUGGUUGGUUUUUUGUUAGAGGGAAAAUGUUCUUUCUGAGAGAAAGCAUGAGAAGUGCACCAAGUUCUGAGCAUCACAAGCAAUUUCAUAAGAGAAAUGGAACACAAAAAGAUUAUUGUGAACAUUUUAUUCAAGUCUUGUCAGGGUACCUAAACUUCCAGUUUUUCGUUGAAAUUUAUUCUGAAUCACUUUAUUUUUGGACGCAUCUUAAGUAUAUGUAAAAAUAUAAUUUGAGUCAAUUUCCUGCAUAGUAAAGACUUAAAAAAAUAUUUGAAGCAAAGUUAUCAUCAUAAUGUGAGAGAAUAGCUAAUGAAAAAUUUCUUCAGGGCAACCUUCGAAUCAAUUGGCUCAAUCGCAAGUAUCAUCACUUAUUGGCAAGUUCAACAGUUGAGAAAUAUUCUCUAGCUGAACGAUUUCAAGUCUCUGAGAAUAUUAGAGCGUGCAAGGUUCGAGUUCGAAUACAGAAAUUAGAUAAGUCGAUUGGAAUAUACCUCAAAACUGACUUGAGAUAACCAAGUUAGAAUUUGGAAAAGUGCAUUUGAAUUUAUUGUUUAUUACAGAAGGGAUUUCCAUUAGAAAAAAAAAGAAAUUGAUUUUUCAAGUCUUUUUUUCUUUUCUGUUGAAAUCUUUUUCAUAAAAAAUCAUCAUGAUUUGAUUCCCAGAUCCUGAACAACGUUAUUUUCGCAAUGGUCAUGCUCAACUUCAUUCUCUUGGGAUGCCUUUCAGCGGAUAGUUUCGAUAUCGGCCACGAUUUGCGGCAUUUGACCAUUCUCGUCUUCGAUUUUUGUGUUUUCUAGUGGGUUUCACUUGUUUCUUUUUCGAAUUUUAUGCAGUUCUUGUCAGAGAGAAAAAUGAGGCUAUGAAGAAUCGAAUUAGUUUUUUUUCAUCUGACUUAGUUUGGAUUAUGAGGAUUUUAAGAAGGUUUUCUUCGUUCCCAAGCUACACCGAAAUCGCUAAAAAGUGAGAAAUUGAAAAUUGAUAUAUUUCAAGUUGCGAAAAAAGAUAAAAUAAGUCGUUAAAAAAGUCUUCCAUGAAAAAUGGUGAAUUGUCACAAGUUGAAAAAUAUUCUGAGUAUUUCGGAAUUUUUCGAGUGGAGAAGGCGAUUCACUUUCUGACAGCUUGCAAAAACUGAGUUGGUCUCAGAUCUAAAGAAUGGUUUUUGUUCAGCUACAGCUUCGUGGUCCCCUACAUAAUGUUCUACCACUUGAAGAAGUGCUGGCGUUUUAUUUCGGCCGUCCCAAGAAGGGUGAGGUUGUCCGAAAUGACGUGAUCAUUUGAAGUAAAGCCCCAGAUUCUCCGGUGCUGGAGGCCGAGCAAAGUCGACGUCGACCUUCGCCUCACUGACACUUUCGGAGCCAAUAUGAUGUCGAAUAAUAAACGCGACGCCGCUGAACAUUUUGAGAACCUGACGAAGAUUUGGGCUCUCGAAUUUGACCGGAGAAUCGCUUAA